AUGACGCAACAGAUGGAGAAACUGAUACAGUCGAUAAAUAGCAAACUCAAACAGUUGGAGUCACUUGCCACACCGGAAGCAAUACAGUAUGUUGCAGAAUGCCUCAAAGUACGAAACGAAGAGUUGUUAAACAAGAUAAGGUCUCUGAAAGAUGCCGUUGUUCAACAAGAACUAUUACUUGGGUUAAAUCAGCAUGAAAACCGUAAGGCAGUGUCAAGCGCCCCUACCCUGGGUGACAAUUUGUCGUCAACUAAUGCCAAACCCGAGAGUGAAACACCACAUACAGGUUCUGUAAAAACAGAUCAAACAUUGCAAAAGCAGAAAGAGCCUGUGAAAAAUAAACCCAGUGCAAACGAACGUAAGAAACAGGAGGAUAAAACUCAAUCUGCUGAAAAACCAGUUGAUAUUGGGCGUCUGGAUAUGCGUGUUGGCCGAAUAAUUGAUGUCAGUCGUCAUCCUGAUGCUGACUCUUUAUAUGUAGAGAAGGUGGACUUAGGUGGAAACGAUAUACGAACUGUUGUCAGUGGUUUGGUUAAGUUUGUCCCAAUCGAGCAACUACAAAAUCGAGUGGGAAUAUUUAUGUGCAAUCUUAAACCUGCCAAAAUGCGUGGUGUCGAAUCCGAAGCAAUGCUAAUGUGUGCAAGUGCUCCUGAGACUAGUGGAGUUGAACCUCUUAUAGUUGAGUGUCAGGAUAUACAGUUGGGGGAUUCAGUUAUAGUAGAUGGUUUUACGCAUGAUCCUGAUGAACAACUAAACCCUAAGAAGAAAAUUUUCGAACAGGUUAAACCAGAUCUUAGAGUAAAUGAUAAUGGUAUUGCUGUAUAUAAAAAUGUUCCAUGGAAGCUGAAAAAUUCUCCAAAUGCUGUAAUUAAGUCGCUUAAUAUUAAAGACGCUCAAAUAGCUUAAUUACUGUUUGUAACUUUGUUUUCACAAAAGAUGUUGAUAAACCUCUUUUGUGUUUUGGAGAUAAUUUUUCCCUAAAAUAUGAACCGUAAUUAAUCCCACUUAAUGAU